AUGAAAGAAAAAAUCCAAGAAAAGCCGAAAACUACGCCAAAAGAGGAACUCUCCAACUCCAACAUCGAGGAGGAUUCUGGAGAUGAGGACGAAACUUCAAGCGUCGGAAGCACUUCCACCACAGACACAACCUCGAGAAGCGCUACACCUACAAACAGAUUGAGAAAAGGCCGGCGCGGCAGGAAGCGUCUAAGCACCACUCCCAAAGUACUGAAACCCGCUUAUACGUUUUCAUGUAGCAUCAAAGAAGAUCACGGUCAACCAUUGUUCGGUGUUCAAUUCAAUCAUCAUCUAAAGGAUGGCCAGCCAGUCAUAUUCGCAGCUGUAGGUAGUAAUCGAGUGACAAUUUACGAGUGUCCCGAAGGAACUGGCAUAAAAUUAUUACAAUGCUACGCCGAUCCUGAUCUCGAUGAAAAUUACUACACAUGCGCCUGGUCUUACGAUGAAGAUAAUGGAAAGGCUCUUUUAGCUGUAGCGGGCUCUCGAGGCGUUAUUAGAAUAUUAAAUCCGAAUACCAUGUGUUGUAUCAGACACUACAUCGGGCAUGGUCAUGCUAUAAACGAGUUGAAAUUUCAUCCCAAGGAUCCCAAUCUUCUGCUGUCUGUUUCAAAAGACCAUUCACUUCGACUGUGGAACAUUAAGACUGACGUGUGUAUAGCUAUUUUCGGAGGAGUCGAAGGGCAUCGAGACGAAGUGUUGAGUGCAGAUUUUAAUUUGAAUGGAACCAGGAUUAUGUCGUGCGGUAUGGAUCAUUCGUUGAAAUUAUGGAGACUCGAUAAAGAGGAUAUGAAGGAAACUAUAAAAAAUUCGUACGCUUGGAAUUCGAAUCGUGUUACGAGACCUUUCGAGUGUUUGAAGGAAAAUUUUCCGGAUUUUUCUACUAGAGAUAUACACAGAAAUUACGUGGAUUGUGUAAAAUGGUUUGGCGACUUUUUAUUAAGUAAAUCCUGUGAAAAUUGCAUAGUGUGUUGGAAGCCGGGCCGUCUCGAGGAUGAAAAUUUAAGGAAAGGGGAGACGAGUUCCACUAUAAUACAUCGGUUCGAAUACAAAGAGUGCGAAAUAUGGUUCGUUAGAUUCGCAAUGGACUUUUGGCAAAAAUUUUUAGCUUUAGGUAAUCAAACGGGAAAAAUAUUCGUAUGGGACUUGGAUGUAUCGGAUCCAGCGCAAGCGAAAUGCCACACUUUGCAGCAUCCCCGUUGCACGACUGCAAUUAGACAAACGACCCUUAAUCGUAACGCGAACAUUCUAAUUUGCGUUUGCGAUGACGGUACCGUUUGGCGUUGGGAUAAGGACAGAUCGAUGAGCGACAACAAUAGGACAGAUUGUAGCGAAUCUGAAUCCAACUUUGAAAUGAAGGGAUGUAAUAGCACCGUAAAUAGGACGCAGUGUAUGAUUAUUUAA